AUGGAUCGCCUAAAACUGAAUACCAAAGCAUUAUUGGGUAUGGCAACCCGCACAGUUGACCAAGAUCAUGAAAUGCGACAUACCUGUGUCAGGUCAUUUAAUCAGGCAGUUGCCCAGUAUGAAGUUGCGAUGUCUAAGUUUGUUACCUCACUGACAAUGGUGUCCAACUCUUUAGAAGGUGUGGAAAAGGCAUUUAAGGAUGUUGUUGCAAACGAAAAACAGACUCCUAUAUUCGAUGGUAUGAAGGAGAUAACCAAAUGCUUGGAGAUUGUUCGCACAUCCAUAUUAAACGAAUCAAUAGAUACAUUCAAGAUAAUGGUUGUUCCAUCAUUAUCUUCUCUUAAGGGUGAUUGUGAGACAUGCGAUAAAAUUCAUACCGAACGUGCUAAAGCUGUUGAUUUGUAUGACUAUCACCGAGAUGUAGUUGAAAAAAAAGAGGUACAAUAUGCUUCAAAAGGUAAACCUCUUGAUGACUCAAAACGGUACAAAGAAGAAUUAAGCAAACGUGAUAGUGCAAAUGAGGAAUACUUGUUAAAAAAUACCGAGUACAAUAAUGCCUAUGAUCUGUUAAUGUCAAAGAAAUCUGAGUUGACAACAGUUGCUGCAAAACUUUUUCUUCAUUGGUUAUCAGACUUUUCGGAAAAAUUACAUCAUGAGAGUUCUCGUAUGUGUGAUGUUGUUGACAAUACUCCUGUAAAAACGAUGGAUAGUGAGAUGGAAAAUGCUGUUGUGACUUCCCAUGAAGUGUCUUCUCAAGUUGAUGCCCCAAAUGGUGUUGAAAGUCAAGAAUCUGUUAACGGUGUUAACACCGCUUCUAUGGUAGAUGAUGGUUCUAACGUGGAGCAACCUUUAUCAACCAAUAUUGAUGCAUCCAAAGAAGAAGGAGAGGCAGUUCCUACUUCAGAAACAGGUUAG